GCGGGCGCCGCAGCGGGGCCAGCCGGCAGCUCCUGCAUCCCGGCCGCCAGCAUCCUCCGCUCCGGGCCCCGCUCCCGCGGGCCCGGCCUCGGCGGGGCCAUGGCCGAGAUCACCAGUGUCCACCCUGGCUUCGAUGUGUCCCCCGUGGUGGCAGGACUCAUUGGAGCCACUGUGCUGGUGGUUUCUGUCUCAGUCACAGUCUUUGUGUGGACAUGCUGUCACCAGCAAGCAGAAAAGAAGCACAAAACCCCCCCCUACAAAUUCAUUCACAUGCUGAAAGGCAUCAGCAUCUACCCGGAGACCUUGAGCAACAAGAAGAAAAUCAACCGGAUCCGGAGAGACAAGAGCGGCACGGCCAAGGAGGGGGCCAGCGGGGGCAACCUGCUGCUGGAUGCUGCUGAGGCUGGCUUGGUGGGCCCCAACAAAGCUCCAGAUGGACCCCCCCAGGUCGACCAGCUCCCCAUCAAAGUCGAUUACGGAGAUGAACUCAGCCCAGAUCAAAGCCUCACUCCGGGAGGGAGUAAAACCUCCUCUCCCUCUUCCCCUGGUGACGACGUCACGCUGGGAGACCUGACCUUCUCAGUGGACUACAACUUCCCCAAAAAGGCCCUGGUGGUCACCAUCCAGGAGGCCCACGGGCUGCCGGUGAUGGAUGAGCACACCCAGAGCUCCGACCCCUACAUCAAGAUGACAAUUCUGCCCGACAAGCGGCACCGCGUCAAGACCCGCGUGCUGCGCAAGACCCUGGAGCCCGUGUUCGACGAGACCUUCACCUUCUAUGGCAUCCCCUACAGCCAGCUGCAGGACCUGGUGCUGCACUUCCUGGUGCUCAGCUUCGACCGCUUCUCCCGCGAUGACGUGAUCGGGGAGGUGAUGGUGCCCCUUGCCGGGGUGGACCCCAGCACUGGCAAGGUGCAGAUCACCAGGGAGAUCCUCAAAAGGAACAUCCAGAAGUGCAUCAGCAGAGGGGAGCUGCAGGUGUCCCUGUCCUACCAGCCCGUGGCACAGAGGAUGACCGUGGUGGUGCUGAAGGCCAGGCAUUUGCCAAAGAUGGACAUCACUGGCCUCUCAGGUAACCCCUACGUGAAGGUGAACAUCUACUACGGCCGCAAGCGCAUCGCCAAGAAGAAGACGCACGUGAAGAAGUGCACGCUGAACCCCGUGUUCAACGAGGCCUUCAGCUACGACAUCCCGGCCGAGCUGCUGCCCGAGCUCAGCGUGGAGUUCCUGGUCAUCAACCUGGAGCGCAGCACCAAGAACGAGCCCGUGGGCCGCCUGGUGCUGGGCCGCCACAGCGCCAGCGCCGCGGGCAGCGAGCACUGGCAGCUCGUGUGCCGCAGCCCCGGCCGCGCCCUGGCCAAGUGGCACGGCCUGAGCGAGUGCUGAGCCGCGCCUGGCCCGGGCCAGCCCGGCCCGGCGGGCACGGGCACCGGGAGCCUGCGGCAGGAGGCUCACGGGGUGUGGGGAAUCCUUCAAACGCCGUCUGAGGUGCUGUGGGGUUCGCAGGGCUCUAAAACUCCACAACGCAAAAAUUAAUGAGUUAUUAGAAAUAAUUAAAGAUGUUGUCUUUAGGUGGUGUGGGGUUCGCAGGGCUCUAAAACUCCACAACGCAAAAAUUAAUGAGUUAUUAGAAAUAAUUAAAGAUGUUGUCUUUAGGUGGUGUGGGGUUCGCAGGGCUCUAAAACUCCACAACACAAAAAUUAAUAAGAGAUAAUUUUAAAAUGUUGUCUUUAGGUGAUGUGGUUUUUGCAGGGCACGAAAAUUCUACAACAAAAAAAUUAAUUAAUUAUUAGAAAUAAUUAAAAAAUGUCGUCUUUAGGUGGUGUGGGGUUUGCAGGGCUCUAAAACUCCACAACACAAAAAUUAAUAAGAGGUAAUUUUAAAAUGUCGUCUUUAGGUAAUGUGGUUUUUGCAAAGCACUAAAAUCCUACCACAACAAAAAAAUUAAUAAGAAAUAAUUUUAAAAAGUCGUCUUUAGGUGAUGUGGUUUUUGCAGGGCACUAAGAGUCUACAACAAAAUUUUAAAAAUUAUAGGAAAAUUUUUUUUUAAAAAAGCCGUCUUUAGCUGAUGUGGUUUUUGCAGGGCACUAAGAUUAUACAACAAAAAAUAUUAAUAAGUUACGGGAAAUAAUUAGAAAAUGUCGUCUUUAGGUGAUGUGGUUUUUGCAGGGCUCUAAAAUUCCACAACAAAAUAAUUAAGAGAUAAUUUUAAAAUGUCGUCUUUAGUUGGUGUGGUUUUUGCAGGGCACUAAGAUUCUACAACAGAAUUUAAAAAUUAUAAGAAAAAUCAUUUUUAAAAAGUUGUCUUUAGGUGAUGUGGCUUUUGCAGGGCACUAAGAUUCUACAACAGAAUUUAAAAAUUAUAAGAAAAAUCAUUUUUAAAACGUUGUCUUUAGUUGAUGUGGUUUUUGCAGGGCACUAAAAUUCUACAACAGAAUUUAAAAAUUAUAAGAAAAAUCAUUUUUAAAACGUUGUCUUUAGUUGAUGUGGUUUUUGCAGGGCACUAAAAUUCUACAACAGAAUUUAAAAAUUAUAAGAAAAAUCAUUUUUAAAACGUUGUCUUUAGUUGAUGUGGUUUUUGCAGGGCACUAAAAUUCUAAAACAAAAAAAUUAGUAAUAAAUGAUACAAAAGGAAUAAUUUUUAAAAAAAGGUUGUCUUUAAUUGAUUUAGUGGUUUUUGAAAUUCUACAAAAAAAAAGAAUAAGUGAUAAGAAAGAAAUAAAAACAAAAUUUGUUCUCUUUAGUUGAUGUGAGUUUUGCAGGGCACUGAAAUUCUACAACAAAAAAAAAUUAAUAAAUUGUAAGAAAUCAUUUAAAAAGUUGUCUUUAGGUGAUGUGGGGUUUGCAGGGCACUGAAAGUCUACAACAAAAAGAAUUAGUAAAUUACAGGAAAUAAUUUUAAAAAGUCGCCUUUAGGUGAUGUGGCUUUUGCAGGGCACUAAGAUUCUACAACAGAAUUUAAAAAUUAUAAGAAAAAUCAUUUUUAAAAAGUUGUCUUUAGGUGAUGUGGCUUUUGCAGGGCACUAAGAGUCUACAACAACAACGAGAUGGGAACAAAGAACAAGAAGUAAAUAGCACAGCUGCACAUACCUGUACUCACGCUAUUGCAUGCCUACUCCAGAGCCGGAGGAGUGUAAGUGACUGCCGGUGUCGCGCUGCAGAUUCCAUGGAUGAGGAAUUCUGUCCCUUGGGAGCUGUGUGUGUUU